UAGUCCCUGCUCACCCACGGAGCAUCCAGGAUGGAGGCUGGGACUGGGCCUGUGCUCUCUAUGCUGCUGGGGCUGCUGCUCCUGUCCACCCCAGGGACUCGGGGUGCCAACCCCGCCCUGGUGGCCAGGAUCACCGACAAGGGCCUGGAUUAUGCCGCCAAGGAGGGACUGUUGUCUCUUCAGAAAGAGCUGCGCAAGAUCACGCUGCCCGACUUCACCGGGGACUUCAAGAUCAAGGCUGUGGGCCGUGGGCAUUACGAGUUUCAUAGCCUAGAGGUCCAGAACUGUGAGCUGCGUCGCCCCUCCCUGAAGCCACUCCCAGGCCAGGGCCUGAGUCUUGCCAUCUCUGACUCUUCCAUCAGCAUCCAAGGCGAGUGGAAGGCACGCAAGUCUUUCAUAAAAUCCCAUGGCUCCUUUGACCUGGAUGUCAAGGGUAUCACCAUCUCAGUGGACCUCCUCCUGGGCAGCGACCCCUCUGGGCGGCCCACAGUCACUGCUUCCCGGUGCAGCAGCCACAUCAAUGAUGUGGAUGUGCACGUAUCUGGAAAGUUGGGGUGGCUGCUGAAUCUCUUCCACAACCAGAUCGAGUCCAAGCUUAGAAAAGUUCUGGAGAACAAGAUUUGUGAGAUGAUCCGGAAGUCCGUGACCUCUGACCUGCAGCCUUAUCUCCAAACUCUACCAGUCACAGCGGAUAUUGACAACAUCCUGGGCAUUGACUACAGUUUGGUGGAGGCUCCCCGUGCAAAGGCCCGGAUGCUGGAUGUGAUGUUUAAGGGUGAAAUUUUUAAUCGGAAUCAGCGUUCCCCGGAUACCUUGCCCGUUCCAACCAUGAACCUACCUGAAGACAACAAACAAAUGGUCUACUUCGCCAUCUCAGAUCAUGCCUUCAACGUAGCCAGUCAGGUUUAUCAUCAGGCUGGGUAUCUGAACUUCUCCAUCACAGAUGACAUGUUACCACCUGACUCCAAUAUCCGGCUGAACACCAAGGCCUUCCGCCCCUUCACUCCCCAGAUAACCAGAAAGUACCCCGACAUGAACAUGGAGCUAAUUGGAACAGUGGUCUCUGCCCCAAUCCUGAAUGUCAGUCCUGGGAAUCUAUCCUUGACCCCCCAGAUGGAGAUUGAAGGCUUCGUGGUCCUGCCCAGCUCCGCCCGGGAGCCUGUCUUCCGGCUUGGCGUGGUCACUAACGUAUUUGCCUCAUUGACCUUCAACAACACCAAGGUCACAGGGAUGCUUCAUCCAGAGAAGGCACAAGUGAAACUGAUAGAGUCCAAAGUCGGCAUAUUCAAUGUGAACCUGUUCCAGGCGUUCCUCAACUACUAUCUUCUCAACACCCUCUACCCUGAUGCUAAUGAUGAGCUGGCCAAGGGCUUCCCCCUCCCUCUGCCAAGGAGAAUCCAGCUCCAGGACCUUGACCUCCAGAUCUACAAGGACUUCCUAUACCUGGGUGCCAAUGUCCAGUACAUAAGAGUCUGAGGAAAAGAAGAUGGGCCUCGGAGGACACAGCUUGACUUGCCAUUCCAGAUGUGCUGUAAUUCCAGAUGUGCAGCACAUCUCUGGAGAGUCUUAAAAUACCAAGAUGUCUCUAUUCCUGGCUCUGGUGGACCCUGCCCCCACAGUCCGAUUCACCAGCGCACCCUCUUGACCUGGGCUUGACUCUCUUCUCCAGGAAGGGCCUCUCCCCCAGACUAACCUGGGAUAGCUUUAAGAACAGGCACCAUGGUUUUCAAUUCCCCAUCUGAUCUUCAUGUCUAACAGAGCGCUAGCACUGACUAGGCCCUCAAUAAAUAUUUAUAGAUUGGCAUGACA